AUGUCUGAGCCAGGACAAGUUAAGAAGAAGAAGCGUCCACCGGUGAAGGAGGAGGACCUGAAAGGAGCCCGCAGUAAACUGGGCCUGAGGGGUGAAGUCAAGAGCAAGACAUAUGAGGUCAUGAUUGAGUGUGAGCGUAUGGGAAAAGUGGCACCUUCUGUGUUCAGUGGAGUUCGUUCAGGAGCAGAGACUGCUCUGGAAAAGCCCCAACCUCCUGCAGGCAGUGUGUUUGGCAAAUAG